AUGGACCAAGGUCGAAUUCGUACGUUCGUGUACUACGAGCUGCUGCGGGGCAACGACACGGGCACCGCGAUCGCCAACACCUGCAGAGCGUGCAAGGAGGACGCAGUGCUCCCGCUGAAGGUCAUGCUCUACUGCUGGUGGGCCGCCAAGAACUGCUGUACUCCGAGCUGUUCCCGCAAGACACGACGGUCACCGCUUCCAUCUACACCGAUCAGCUCGAGAAACUAGCCGCCGCCAUCCGAGAAAAGCGUCCCCGACGUGCCUCGGUCCACCUUCUGCACGACAACGCGCGCCCCCAGGUGGCGAAGGAGACCCAGCAGAAGUUAGCGACGCUCGGCUGAGAGACGGUUGCCUAUCCGCCGUAUUCCUCGGACCUCGCUCCCUCCGAUUACCACUUGCUCCGCCCGCUCAAGCACCGUUUGGCCGGAAGAAAAUUCGCCAACUACGACAACCUCAAAACCGACUUUGCGGACUUCUUCGAAGCGCAGCCCCCGGAGUUCUGGGCGAAAGGUAUCGGCGACCUGCCCAAUCGAUGGACCACUGUCGUGAAUAACUGUGGGGAUUAUAUUGUUGAAUAG